AUGUCGAAAGUGCUUUAUCUUCUCCACGAGUCCCCCACGGGCUACGGCCUCUUCAAAGUCCUGCGGGACGAGGCCAUCGGGGCCGACGCGGUCCCCUUGCAGGUGGGGCUGCAGGAUUUUUCCGUUUUCGCCCCGUGGGUGCGGCUGGUGGCUUUCGCCCCGUUCGAGUCCCCCGCGAACGCCCUGGAGGACGCCGUGUGCAUCGCGGAGGGGCUGCUGAGCCCUUUUCUCGCCCGCGUUCUCGCGGCCGCCCUGGCGAAGACGGCGGCGAAGCGCGAGGGCGGGUGGGAGCUCGGGGUGCAGGACCCCAAACUCGCCGGCGCCAUCCACGACCAACUGAAGUUUCCCGUCGUCUGCAAUGAAGGCGUCGGGGAGCUCGCGCGGUGUUUGCGGCUCCACGCGGAGCGGCUUUUGCCCGAGCACGCCGAGGGCGACGUCCCGCGCGCGCAGUGCGGCCUCGGCCACGCCUUCUCCCGCAAUAAAGUGAAGUUCAACGUCCACCGGAGCGAUAAUAUGAUCAUCCAGGCCUCCGCCCUGGCGGACCAUAUGGACAAGGGCGUUAAUUUGCUCGGGAUGCGGGUGAAGGAGUGGUAUGGCUGGCACUUCCCGGAGCUCGCGAAGGAGGUGCCGGAGCCGCUGAAGUACGCCGCCAUCGCCCUGCUGAUCGGCAGCCGCGGGUCGCUCGAGGAGCGGGACGGGGCGGAGGCCAAGGCCGCCUUCGCCGAGAUCCUCGACGGCGAUGAGGCGCUGGCCGCGCGGGUCUACGAAAAGGCCGCCACCUCGAUGGGCGGGGAGAUGGCGGAGGUGGAUUGGGAGUGCUUUCGCACCUUCGCCAAGCGGGUGGUGUCGCUCGGGGCCUACCGCGAGGGCCUCGCGCAGUACUUGGUGGACAAAAUGAUGCUCGUGGCGCCCAACCUCACACAGCUGAUCGGCCAGAACAUCGGCGCCAAGCUGAUCGCGAAGGCCGGCUCCCUCACCAACCUCGCGAAGUCCCCGGCCAGCACGAUUCAGAUCCUCGGCGCGGAGAAGGCGCUCUUUCGCGCGCUCAAAAAGCGCAAGGGCAACACCCCCAAGUACGGCCUGAUCUUCCACUCCUCCUUUAUUCAGCGCGCGACGAAGGAGAACCGGGGGAAGAUCUCCCGCUACCUCGCCAACAAGGCGGCCCUGGCCUGCCGGAUUGACUGUUUUAUGGAGCAGCCCCCCGCGGUCUUCGGGGAGAAGCUCCGGGAGCAGGUGGAGGCGCGGGUGGGCUUCUUCGACUCCGGGAAUAAGCCCCCGAGCAAUAAGGCCGCCAUGGCGGAGGCCCUGGAGCAAUAUCAGCACAUUCUUCAGCGCCGGGAGCGCAAGCAGCGCCGGCACUCCGAGGACGGCGCCGUCGAGGCCGCCGCGAAGAAGCAAAAGAAGGAAACGGCCUGA